AUGAGCUGUAGUGUCUCUUUAAGAGAAAGAUAUGGUCAGAAACACAAAAUUAUAAAUGCGUACAUGAAAUCUUUGUUGGAUUUAUCACCUCCGCAAUCAAACUUGUUUAGUCUGAGGGAAUUUUAUGACACUGCUGAGUCGUACAUUCGUGGUCUUGAAUCACUCGGACAAGAAGAAGAAACAUUUGGUACAAUGUUAAUUCCCAUUCUAAUGGACAAGUUGCCGUCAGAUUUGAAAAUUAAUAUUACCCGUCAUAACGGAAGUGACCACUGGACACUAGAAUCCUUACGCCGUUGCAUAUUGCAUGAAAUCACAAUUCUAGAGGCAGGAAGCUCCAAUUCAUCAUUGAAUAAUGUUUUGCUAACUGCAAAUUUUCAUACCAGUGCUCGAUCAUCAAAAGAGAAAUCCAAUCGCAAUAUUACGCCAUUCCAGCGCAGCCCCAAGAAAUGUGUGUAUUGCAAGGAAAAUCAUUUUCCAGGAGAUUGUCCGCUAGAUUAUAACAAGAGACUUGCAAUUGUAAAGGAGCAUAAACUUUGUUUUAACUCCUUGGGACAUCAUCAGGUUUCAAAAUGUCAAUCAAAGGGUACCUGUCGUAAUUGUCACAAAAAACAUCAUACUUCGUUGUGUAGAAAAAACAGCAAUUCAGACAAUGUAACAAAUACAGAACAUCAGUCUCAGAAAUCUACCGACAUUUCUGUUGAUAGUAGUAUCAUACAGGAAAUCGCCCAGUCUCAGAAUGUAGAUGACGAGUCAGUACUUCACAGUACUUCUACAUCCGUUACUUUAUUAAAGACCGCCGUCGCCACAGUUUCAUCUUCACCAAGCGCGAAUUCGUUUACAUGUGCGAAUAUUUUGUUUGAUGAGGGAGCCCAGAGGUCUUUCAUAACGGAAGAAUUAGCAAACAAUCUUCAGGCCGAAGUAUCAGGAAAUGAAAGUUUGAAUAUCGCAGCGUUCGGAGAUAAAACCGCAAAGUCAGUCAGACAUUUGAACAAAACUACAGUAUACGUUGAAACAGAUUCCGGUGAAAAGGUUCCCGUAGAAGUUUUAAUUGUGCCUAAUAUCGCCGCUCCAAUUCAUACAAAUCGUGUGUCAGUAAAUUCAUUGCCACAUUUGAAAAACUUGAAAUUAGCACACCCCGAAAACAGUGACACGUCAUUCAGUGUUUCAUUACUUAUAGGGGCAGAUUUCUAUUGGAGUUUUGUUGGGGAUGAAAUCAUUCGCGGAAAUGGUCCUACUGCUGUGAGCUCAAAGCUAGGAUAUUUGAUUUCGGGACCUACACGCAUUUCUAAUUCAACAUCGAAAGUCCAGACGUCAAUGCACAAUGUGCUUACCUUUCACAAAAACGAGGAAGUUAAUAUCGCGAGAUUUUGGGAAAUCGAGGAUAUUGGAGAGAAAGAUGGUCUAUUACACGAAAAGGCGGAAACCUACGGACAACAUUCCAUUUCAUUUGAAAACGGACGUUAUUCAGCUAAACUUCCCUGGAAAGACAGCUGCGCAGAACUCCCGACAAACGAAGAAAUCGUUAGACGACGGACCAAAAACGUCAUCAAAAGAUUAGCAAGUGAUGGUGAUAUGUUGGACAUUUACAGCAAAAUAAUACAGGAACAAGAAGCCCGCGGUUUCAUCGAGAAAGUCGACAUUAGCAAAGAUACUAAUUCAACCAGGAAACACUAUAUUCCACAUCACCCAGUAGCCAAAGAUUCGUCGACUACUGCAAUACGCAUCGUAUAUGAUUGUAGCUGUCGCAUGAACGGGAAAAGCCCCAGUUUAAAUGAUUGUCUCGACAGCACCGCACCAGAUCUAAACAACUUGACAGGAAUUAUAUUGCGCUUCAGAGCAAAACAGUACGCCGUUACGACUGACAUUGAAAAGGCUUUCUUACAAAUAAAUCUGGACAAGUCCGACCGCAAUGUCACCAGAUUUUUCUGGCUAAGUAAUCCACAAGAUCCUACCAGUGCGCUCACUGUAUACAGAUUUAAAGUAGUUCUUUUUGGUGCUACGUGUUCUCCCUUCAUACUUGGAGCAACGUUACUUAAACAUUUUGACAGAAACCCGUGUGAAACAUCGAUGGAAUUGUUAGAGUCACUUUAUGUCGAUAAUGUACUUACAAGCUUCCCAGACCAAUCUACUUUGUUGAAGUUUUACAAAGAUUCUAGAGUCUUAUUACAAAAUGGUGGAUUUAAUCUACGAUCUUGGAACUCCAACAACCAUACUCUGCGUGAGUUAGCAAAAGAAGAAAAUGUCCUUGACACUGAUGAACAGAUCAAAAUUCUUGGAAUGCGAUGGGAUUGCGAGACAGAUUACCUGAAGUUUCCACAACUUAAACUUAAAACGUAUCCAGAAGGAGAAAAUGGAGAAAUUACUAAGAGAGAAGUUCUACGGGAGUCGUCCAAGAUAUUUGACCCACUCGGACUGCUCAGUCCGGUUACAGUAAGAGCGAAGAUAUUUAUGCAGGAUAUUUGGAAACUGGAAUGUAGCUGGGAUCAAUGUUUACCACACGAAUUCCAGGAAAAUUGGAAAUCACUUGCACUCGACCUACAAGAAUGUACAAAUAUUGAGAUUCAGCGAUACCUUCACACUGACUCAAAGGAAACUCCGGCACUCCACGUAUUUACUGAUGCAAGUCAGCGCGCUUAUGGAGCUUGUGCUUAUCUCGUCACCAAGGACACAUCUUGUCUUGUUAUGGCUAAGAACAGGGUAGCACCUAUAAAAUCUCAAACAUUGCCACGUCUUGAAUUAAUGGGUGCAGUAAUCGGCGCAAAGAUAGCCAACCAUCUGAAAACAGUAUUAAAUGUGCAAACUGUAACAUUUUGGUGUGACAGUCAGAUCGUUCUGUCUUGGUUAACAUCAUUAAAGGAUUUGAAACCAUUUGUCAGAAAGCGUGUAAAGGAAAUCACGGAUUUAACAGAAGGUAGUGUUUGGAAAUACUGUCCUACAAAGUCAAACCCCGCGGAUUGUCUCACACGUGGAGAAACAGCGGAAAAAUUCUUGAGUAACAAAUUAUGGAUGAAUGGCCCCAAGUGGAUACACGAUGAAAGUGCUUGGCCAAUUUGGAACCGAUCUACAGAUACAAGUUCAUCAGCUGUACUGAAGGUGGAUUGUGAAUUAAGUACCACAGACACCUGCACAGAAUCAGUGAAAACAACGGAAAACACUACAGUUGACGCUUCAAGAUUUUCUUCAUAUAGCAGAUUACUCCGUGCAACGGCCUACGUACUUAGAUUUAUUGAAAAUUGUAAAACUUCAAAGACACAGAGAAAAACAAGCGUACUUACAGCAAAAGAGCUUUAUAACGCUAAUGUGAUAACUUUAAAAGAAACACAACGCGAUGUAUUCAAGGAGGAAAUCAACAAUCUGUCAAACCAAAAUUCAAAGAGAACUGCUAUCACAAAGCAAUUAGGACUGUAUCUGGACAACGAAGGGCUUCUCCGAUGUAGAGGACGUAUCCAUAAUUCAUCGCUUGACACGGAAACGAAAUUUCCCGUCCUUCUACCAAAGAAACACCUAGUGACGAGGUUGAUCAUCCUAAAGAAACACCUAGUGACGAGGUUGAUCAUCCUAAAGAAACACCUAGUGACGAGGUUGAUCAUCCUAAAUUCCCACGAAAGUGUUCUACAUGCAUGA